UUUAAUUUCUAGUGUUUGCUUCCUGUCCUUUUUUUCCCCUUGAUUUUUUUCCUCAAGGCCCAAUAAUAUCAGGGCCCCUUAAGGACAUUUUCCUCAGAUAUAGAAAUCCGGCUCGGGAAACCAGACAUGGGAUCCCGGGAACUUCGUCACCUGAACGCAGACAACAACGCGUGGCUCAGUCGGCCCGAGAAUGAGGGUCAGACUAUUAUUCUACGAAGAUUAAGAUCAGCUCAGAGAAGAGCUCAAGACACACAACAUCCUGAUGUCUCUGGAUUCAGAGCUCCUCCGCCGCAAUUAACAUCUGCCAGGGAGAGAAGCCGCUCUCCAACAAGACCUGCACCGCCCCAAGCCCCCCGACCAUCUGGGGGGAGCAGCUGGGAGAGUGCUGAGGCCACCACACCUGAAUUCCACCAUCCUCGGCCUAUACCACCAAGCCGCAGGACCAGGGCGAUCCAGCCACCCAGGAGGUCUCCCAUACACUCUGGUGAACGCCUGUAUAACAUCUUAAUUCAGCUGCAGAGGAUCGGCACCAGAGGAUGGGCACCUCAGGCCAUACCACCGCCAGAGCCCCCAACACCGGCUCCACUGGGUGUGCCCCACCAGCCUCCACCAAGCUGCAGGACCCAGCAAAUUGGAGCUCUCCCCACAAUUACCAUCCAAGCGGAGGAGCCACAUUCAUGUACAAUCUGCCUGACUGAUUUCACUAAGGGCGAGCAGGUGACAUCUCUGCCUUGCGGCCACAUUUACCAUCACGCCUGCAUCACUCAGUGGCUGCAGAACAACCGCAGCUGUCCCCUAUGCCGCAAGGUUGCUUUUAACUAAGCACAGAACAUCUCCAUCUUCUGUUACCAACCACCACGACAUAUAUAUGUUUCAAAAUGACCCACUGGACCCAGGA